AACGUUCAGCAAACGUAUAAAGCUUAAGGUCGUAUACCGCCUUCUCUUUUGAACUAAAAUUCGUCAGAGCUCCAAUUUCAUUGAUCGCCCGCCAUGGCUAUGCAAGCUGGAAUCGGAUUAUCCAGGAUCUUUCUAAUUGCUGGAGCUGGUUACACGGGAACUAUAUUGUUGAAGAAUGGGAAAUUGUCAGAUAUAUUGGGGGAGUUGCAGAAUUUGGUUAAAGGCAUGGAGAAAUCAGGCGAGUUGGAGGGGGAUUCUGAUCAUUCUGACGCCAUUGCCACCCAGGUCCGUCGACUAGCCAUGGAGGUUCGCCAGCUGGCCUCAUCCCGGCAGAUUACUGUUCUAAAUGGGAGCACUACCCAGAGUAACUUAGCAUCUCUAGUUGUCCCAGCUGCUGCUGUUGGAGCUGUGGGAUAUGGCUACAUGUGGUGGAAGGGUCUUUCCUUUGGAGACCUGAUGUAUGUAACGAAGCAGAAUAUGGCAAAUGCUGUUACAAACUUGACAAAACAUUUGGAUCAUGUGUCUGACGCUCUUGCUGCAGCAAAAAGACACUUGACUCAGAGAAUUGAGAACCUGGAUGGAAAAAUCGAUGAGCAAAUAGAGAUUUCUAAAUUGAUUAGAAAUGAGGUCAAUGAUGCGCAUGCUGAUCUCUCUCAAAUUGGCUUUGAUUUGAACGAUUUGCAUCGGAUGGUGUCUGGUUUGGAUGGCAAGCUCCAUUCACUAGAAGACAAGCAGGAGUUUGCAAAUGCUGGGGUGAUGUACCUGUGUAGCAUUGUAAAUGGAAAAAGGAUGCCCAUGCCAGACAGAAUUCAGGAUCAAUUUAAACUUGCUGGAAAUUCAAUGCAAAGUCUCAUGGGUCUUAGAGCCAUCGUAGAGUCUCCUGAAAAUUUAUUGACAGAUGGGAGUGUUCAAGACUUCUCUUCUGAGAAGCUCAACAAAACCAUAACGAGGACUUUUUCAAACAAGUGUUGAGCUACUUGCUCCACAUUUUUCACUACUAGCUGCUGCCGUUUUAGUGUCUUCUCUAUGCAACACAGUCUUCUCGAUUAUCACAUAUACAAGUACAUAGUUUGCAUACUGUUAUAGAAAUAAUGUUGUAGUUACCGUGUGUGCUGUGCCCAUGGAUUUGUUAAUUUGUUGGUUUGGAAUUUGUACUAAUUAGAAGCAACAUUGAAUACAUGAAGCCUGGGAAGAAGGUUAUAUUCCUAACAUACCCAAUCUAUUCGUAUCACCCCUGUAAUUGAAUUGAUUUUCAGAGCUGGUUUAUUUCAACCAUGUUACAUAGUUAUUGUUCA